AUGUCUGCAGUUCUUCAAAGCUCCUUCUACUCAACUGCUGCUACAGCUGGCGCUGCUGCUGCUUGCGUGUUGUCUCUGCUGCCGCUGCUGGCCCACGGCUGCCGGCUGCUGCUGCAGCAGCGCAGCAGCAGCAGCAGCAGCAGCAAAGCAGCAGCAGCAGCAGGGACUGUCCAAACAGCCCCCAAGACCCUCGCCCUCCGCAUAAUCCUGAUAGUGCCAGUGUAUGCAGCAACUUCCCUGCUGGCCUUUCUCUACUGCUCGCCUGCUGCUGCUGCUGCUGCAGCAGCUCCUGCUGCUGCAGCAGCUCCUGCUGCAGCGGACAGCCCUUUUGCCGUUUCCGCGUCGGGCGCUGGGCCAGCAGCAGCUGGAGGGGAGGUGCCGGGCCGCGCUGCAGCGGCAGCAGCAGCAGCAGCAGCAGCAGCAGCAGCGCUGCAGCAAGGCAGCGGUGGCUGGAAGGGCCUCUGGCUGCGGGGAAUCAGAGAAGGCUAUGAAGUCUAUGCCCUUUAUGCUUUUCUAGAACUUCUCAUUGCGCUGCUGGGGGGGGAGCAGCAGGCAGUCAACCAGCUCCACCUCAAGGGUUCUUUGCAGCAUUUGUGGCCCCUCAACCACUUCCUGCCCCCUAUGGAGUGCAACAGGCGAUGGCUUGGCCACAUUAAGCGCCUUGCAGCACAGUUCGUAUUUGUAAAGCCUGCUGCUUUUGUUCUUAGUGCCUGCAUGCACCAAGAAGGUUUCCUCUUUCUGGUGCUCGUCAGCAACAUUUCUGCUGCAGUGGCGAUGUACUCGCUGAUUCUAUUUUAUAUGGCGGUACAGCGGCCGCUAGCGCCGUGGCGGCCUCUGCCGAAAUUUCUGUUUCUGAAGGCAAUUGUAUUUCUUUGCUUCUGGCAAUCCCUCGCCUUGCGGUGGUUAGCGGGGCUGUUGCUGCCGGGCGACAGCAACGGAGCAGCAGCAGCAGCAGCAGCAGCAGCAGCAAGGCUGCAGGACUGGCUCAUCUGCAUAGAAAUGGUCCCUUGCGCGCUGGCGCACAUGUGGGCAUUUCCUGCCCGAGAGCUGGAGGCCUUUGAAAAGCUGGAGAGCAGCAGCGGCAGCAGCAGCCGCAGCAGCGCAGCAGCAGACGAAUGGUCUAUGCUGCUCCAGCGCAGCGAUGCUGCUGCUGCUGCUGCCCACGGUGCAACGGGAAACGCCGCCCACCCCUUAUCCGGCGACGACAGCAGCAGGAGCAACAACAGCAGCAGCAACAGCAACAAACUGAAAAAACCCCUGAAGCAGCUCGUCAGCGGGGUGCAGCAAUUGCUGCUGUCUGAUGCUGUAUUGAGCGACGCAACGCAUGCAGUCUUUGGGCCGAAGCAGCAGCAACGAGAGUUCAGCCUGGAGACGCGUUCAGCCACUGCUGCAGCAGCAGAGACUUAG